AGAGCUACAACCUUCGCCCUAUGGCCUCGGCCGUCAUGAACUGUUCAUCUUCAAGAUAAACGGCGAUAAGAGGCUCGUUGCGACACCAUUUCAUAUGAGACGCGAGGGACGGCGUUCUAUUUAUUCAUGCUCCCAAAUGUCCCAGGUCAUCGACUUGAACGUUCCUUCCUGUCUCCGUAAUUGAACACCCAUCUACCUCUUCUUCCUUUCUGAUGCAAGCGAAGGAUACGACUCUCGGGCACAGGGAAUCUUCAGGCACAGAAGUAACGUCUAAGGAGGUUGGUGAUUCUUGGUUCGACGUUUACAGGCGGAGAUAAAAUGAAUCCCAAGGUUCAUCAUCAGCGUUCUUCAAGUCCAUUUGUUCGCCAGUGGGUUCUGCAUCAGGUGUCUCUUGCUACCACCCAGAUGCCACCUGUUGAUUGGCCUCCCUUCAGAUGAAACGCGUGGCAUCUGUUGAAUUGAGCAGCUUAAAACAUAGAAGGUGUUCUUUGAUGGGGGAAUACUUCGGCAAAGACUUUGAUGAAACCGAGGUACCAAAACUAGAUAGUUACAGAAAGGUCUCUGUUCUGCCCCUUGUUUUUCUUAUCUACUAUGAAGUGUCUGGAGGACCUUUUGGCAUAGAGGACAGUGUUAAGGCAGGUGGCCCUCUUCUGGCACUUUUGGGAUUUCUAAUUUUCCCCAUCAUAUGGAGCAUCCCGGAAGCCCUGAUUACUGCAGAGAUGGGCACAAUGUUUCCUGAAAAUGGAGGAUACGUUGUUUGGGUCUCAUCAGCCUUGGGCCCAUUUUGGGGAUUCCAACAGGGAUGGAUGAAAUGGCUCAGUGGAGUUAUAGAUAAUGCCUUGUACCCUGUUCUGUUUUUGGACUAUUUAAAAUCUGAGUUUCCCGCUCUAGGAGAAGGGCUACCAAGAGUUUUUGCUGUGUUACUGUUAACUGUAGCUCUCACCUACAUGAACUACAGAGGAUUGAACAUAGUUGGAUGGACCGCUAUAGGACUGGGCAUCUUCUCUAUUCUCCCUUUUGCUGUAAUGGGAAUUUUAGCUAUACCAAAAAUUGAACCUUCAAGAUGGCUAGUGAUUGACUUGAACAACGUCAAUUGGGCAUUGUAUUUAAAUACGCUCUUCUGGAACCUUAACUACUGGGAUUCAGUUAGCACCCUUGCAGGGGAGGUGGAAGACCCUAAGAGGACCCUACCAAAAGCUCUCUUUUAUGCGCUUAUAUUGGUGGUUUUUGGAUACUUUAUUCCACUCUUGACUGGAACUGGAGCAACUUCUCUCAACAGAGCAUUAUGGAGUGAUGGGUAUUUUGCAACCAUCGCAAAAAUGCUUGGUGGUGCUUGGUUGUGGUGGUGGAUUCAGGGAGCAUCCGCAUUAUCAAAUAUGGGCAUGUUCAUUGCUGAAAUGAGUAGUGACUCGUUUCAACUUCUCGGGAUGGCAGAAAGGGGAAUGCUGCCUGAGGUGUUCAGUAAAAGAUCAUCCUAUGGAACUCCUCUGUUGGGAAUUCUAUUUUCUGCUUCAGGGGUACUCCUCCUUUCCUGGUUAAGCUUUCAAGAGAUAGUUGCAGCUGAGAAUUAUCUGUACUGUUUUGGGAUGAUCCUUGAAUUUGUGGCUUUCAUAUAUCUAAGGAUAAAAAGUCCAACUGCUUCACGUCCCUACAAGAUACCUGUGGGAACUGCCGGUGCCAUCCUACUCUGUUUAGCUCCGACAGCUUUAAUUUGUGUGGUGCUGGCGAUUGCUUCCCUCAAGGUUGUAGCUGUAAGCAUGGCUGCUGUAUUAAUUGGCUUUGUGCUCUAUCCUUCUCUUGAGUAUAUCAACAGAAAGAAAAUUCUGAAGUUCUCCACAAGCACUGAUCUUCCUGAUCUUCAAGCUAUGGACCAGGAUUGGACUGAAUCCGAUGUGGAACGAGUUGCUUUUCUAUCUUCCCAUACUAGAUGAGGUCUCUGUGUUUUUUCACUAUGUGUGGCCUUGCUUAUUGUAAGCAAGAACUGCCUCUAUGCUUUAGUUGUUUAUGUAGCAACUGCUGUUAUUUUUCAGCUAAACCAAGUGAUUUGCAAUUCCUUUC